GGCCGAUGAAACGUUUCGGUCUUACAUUGCGAGUAAAUACAUGACGGCGUCAUGGAAAAUUAUGUUUUUAGUCUUGAAGUCGAUACGCGCUCAGAAGGUUCACAAUCACAUUCACAGUCGUAGUAGUAUUUCAAAAUGCAUAAUUCAGUUUCAGAUAUUUCAAGUGAAAUGAGUUUUGAAGAAAAAUUAAUCACAGCGAUACAAAAUCAUACCUGUCUUUAUAAUAAGCAAUCACUCUCGUAUCGAAAAAAAUCAAUCAAAAGGAAUGCAUGGUAUAAAGUGGCAGAAGAUGUGGGAACCGAUGUAAAUGAAUGUCGACAUCGUUGGCGAUCUCUUCGUGACCGAUAUGUGAGGGAAGUAAGAUCCAAAUCAAAAAAUUGCAAAUGGAAAUAUAUGAGUCUUCUUUCAUUUCUCAAUCCUCAGUUAAAUUCACGUAGUUAUGACAAUAGCAGUAUAACGAUAACGGAUGACGAUGACGACGACGACGACGACGUAGGGUCGUGUAGUAAUAACUCAGGAUUAAAUACUACUAUCGCUCAUGAAGAGAACAAAACAUAUCCGAAGGAAGAAUGUUCGGAAACGCCAAUUUCGAAAUUGGACGAAGAGAAGGUGGUAGUAGAUCUAGAAGAACCAACGCAGGUAGUGAUAGAAGAUUCGGAUGUAGAAAUCGACGAAAUAUCAUCAUCAAAUCCUAUGGCAUUCGUUCAGUUUAUAAAUGAUGAAAAGAAAAGCAGAACUGAUUCGGUAGAUUUGGAUGAAAGGUUUGAAGUUAAUCAUCCGGAGAUAAAUAAUCCAAUAAGAAGUCGAAAUGAAAACUAUUACAAAACUCUUGAUAGUUAUAUGCUUCAGCUGCCUUUGAAUGUGCAAGAUGAUCUAAAAAUAGAAAUACUCAAUAGAGUUUAUUGUGAAGUAAAAAGUUUGAAACCUUUUUAAACAAAACCAAAGUAAAUAGAAAUGUCUUUUUCUUUAAACUAAAACAUUAUCAAAAUGUCAGGUUGUUUUCG